CGCGGAGGGUUCUGCCACCGAGGAUACCCGCGCCGCGCAUAAGGACCCUUGAAAGGGACCGGCCUCGAAUAUACCCCAUCUUGCUUCCUGCCAUCUCGUCGCGGAGGUGAACGGAUGUACAAGUCUUCCUCGGGGCACGAAGACAGCAGGCUUGACAAGACUUACAAGCACGACAAGAAGCAGUAUCUGAACGAUGUGCGCGACUCUGGGAUCGCCUCUGUGACGCACAAGGACAAAGGGAAGGAACACCGGCGCGCGAGUGCCCCGGUUGACAAGUCGCAUCACCACCGCAAAUCCAAGUCCCGCUCCCGCACACAUAGCGCCGCGUCAGGCGAGACACUCCUCCUGCUCCUGCGCGAACAAGAGCGCGAUGCACAGAAUGCGAGGAACCUGCUGCGUGCGGCCAUGGACGAGGUCGACGCGUCGGCGAGUCGGCUGGCGGAAGCAGAGCGCGAACGACGUGAACUCGCACAGGCCCAGGUGACCCAGCGACUCCAGGCGCAUGCAGCCACCGUCCAAGUCCAGGUCGGCGCGUCCCGCACAAAGCACGAGCUCGAGAUGUACAAGCUGCAACUGGAGGCCGCCCAGCGUGAGAUCGCCCGCGCGCAGAGCGUUGUGCAGAUGAUGCAGACGCAGCGCGACGAUGCGGAGCGCGCAGCAGCGAAGGCCCGCACCAUAGCGCGCCGCCUCAAGGAGGAGCAGAUCGUGCUCCGCGCGCGCGAGCAGGGGCGCGAGGAGGGCUACGCGGAGGGCGUCGAGCGUGCGCGAAUGCUGUCUGAGUUCGGGGAGGACGGGCGCGAGGCCAUUUAUUACGCUAUACGGAGUGCCGGUGCGGACCCGCGGAUGCCUGGGGAUGGGACGGCGUACAUCGAGGACCUCGAAGAGACGCCGUCGUCGCGGCACACGCGCCCUACGCCGACGCGGUCGCGGUCGUCGACGUCGGACCGGGAUACGGAGGGGACGCGCCCUCGUGACCGCACGUCGCCGCGCACGCCAAAGCCGCCCUCCGAGGCAACGCGUCGUACGUCGAACUCUUCGCGUUCGAGUCGCCAUACAUCCGUAGCGUCUCCACCGCCUCUCAACCAUGGUCCGCCGUCACCUGUUCAAUAUCUGGACCCGCAACCUCUCACCAUGCCUGCGUCUCCUCCUGCUCCGCCUGAGCCACCUUCGCCUCCCGCACCCAUGCCUGAACCAAUGGUCAUGCCAGAGCCCGAGGUCCAGAAUAACGUCCCAGACGCCUAUUCCCCUCAGCCAAUACCCAUCCCUCCGCCCAAGCAGUAUGCUACACGAAACGCGCCCUACAUCCCUCGCGAGCGCGCCACGCAUGAUAUGUAUGGCUACUCGCCCAAUCCCAAUGGCGUGACAUUCCCCAGUCAAGACGAAAAUCAAGCUAGGAAGGACUCCUUGUCGUCCGCUGGAGGCUAUCCUUCUGGCUCUAGGAGUCAAUCUCGCGCGCGGAGGGAUUCGACCUCAACGACUUCGUCUGCAGCCUACGAGCCUCAUCGCAGCAGAAAGGAUUCGGCUUCCGGUCGUCAGUACGCAUAUGGACAACCCAAUGUUCCCGUCAUGCAAGUUCAUGUCCCCACCGACGUGGAUCCUUACGACCUGCGCGGUCUGGGCAAGCCAGCGAAGCGCGCCUCCAUGGGCUCGUCGCGGUCAGGCGUCACAGGCGAUAUAGAGUCCGAACUCGGUCGCACUCAUAAGGUGGAGGAGACGCUGAUGCCGUACAUGCCCAUGCCGCCUCCGCCGGCAUCAUACCUCCGGGGAGAGGUUACAGAACGGUCCACGUCUGUGCAACCGCAAACCACACAUACGCGACCGCGCCGGGAUUCGCAGUCAUCGCAGUCAAGCGCAGGGUACGGCGGGUAUCGACCGCCCUCCGCACCAUACGCGUAUCAACAACCUCCGCCGCGCUCGGCACCGACUCCUCCCGUGCGCACAGCGCCAACGCCUCCGGUAUACCCACAGACAUAUAGACAACCCCAGCAGCCUGUCUAUUCGCAGCCUCCGACGCCUGCGUGUGGCCAAUCUCAGGCGCCCGUGUAUGGCCAGCCUCAAGCACCUGCAUACGGUCAACCUCCGCCUCCAGCUCAGCCCGCGUAUGGUCGGCAAACCCCAACGUACAGCCAGCCUCCAGCUCCCGUAUAUGGUCGCACCUCGCGAGGCAGCCAUCGCCGGACGCGCUCCGCGUCUGAUGCGUCGGAUUCAUCUACUACAAGCAUGUCGCAGUUCGACCUGACGAGCCGCCCUCCUCCUACACGCGGCCCUCUGAGUGCCAUACCCGAAGACGUGAACAGCCCAAGGGUCUACGAGAGUAGCAGCUCGUCAUCGGGCGGUUCGCCGGCGCAGAACAUAUAUGCCAGUCAUAGCACGCCCCAGUUCCGUGUGCAGCCGCCGGACGAGGAGAGGGAGGAGCCUCAGCGUUCUGCGAGUCGGAGCAGCAAGAGCUCAAUGUAUGGCAAUCGGCGGAAUGUGGCGGACUGGGCGGAGUCGAGCAGUGAAAGUACCCCGCCAGGCUCGAACCAUCCGACCACACCGAGCGACCACUUGCUCACGCCUGAGUACCGCCCUCGCAAUUCGUCGCGCGAGAAUGUCGCCUCUCCGAACGGUGGUAGCUCGGAUAGUCGCCGAUCGUCGACGGGGUCGAGCAGCUUCAAUAUCAUCAUUGAGCCGCCUUCCCGCCCGACAUCCGUCUCAGGCAACAUUUCUGGGAACAAUACCCCUAUGAACACUAACUUCGGCCUGCUGAGCCCACAGGGGGUGAUCGCGCCGGCCCUACCACAGCAGCCGCGAACACCUACGCAGCCUGUGCAACCGCCCUUUAUACCCGCUAUGCCCAUGCCUACGGACUCGGAGCCGGACGAUAGUCACAACAACAACCUCCCACCAUGGAUUCGUCAGCAGCAACAAGGCAAUGGCACCCCCGCGCCUUCCCAGCAGCCCCAGGGAAUUUAUGGGCAGGCGCCUCGUCGUCCGUCCCAGCCGACGUACGGCGCCCCGCCGGAGCCUCCUGUGCCCGUCCCUGGCCCGCAACGUAACAACUACGACUCGAGUACGUCGAGCGGGUCGGAGACGGACACGUCUGAGGCUGACGAGCCUCGGCGCACACCGCGUGCCUCCCGCUCGACGACGCCAACUUACGCCGUAGCGCCCCAGCCGCCCGGUUUUUCGUACCCUUCAUCACCUCUUGCUGGGGUGACUCCGAGUCCGGGAACGCCUGGAGCCCAGCAGCAGCGGCGCGUGUCCAGCGUUUACGGCCCUGCGACGCCGACGGCGGGCACGCCCCAGCCUCCGCAAGCGAGAGGCGGCGUGCGGCGCGCCUCGGUGUCGUACGCGACGCCCGGCAGCGCGGGUGCACCGGUCCAUGGCACGCCCAUGAUGGGAGGGUCCGACGGAGGCGUAUAUGGCCUCGCGCGCUCGACGAGCGAGUCCGACGGGGACGUCGAUCCCGCAACGAUGCGCAACACGCUCGCCAACUCGGGCAGCAUGCGUUACUGAAUGUGCAAAAAAUAUGCUUUCCUGUAUGCAGACCCAAUCAGUGUGCAACACUGAUACCGCUUGCUUGUUCUCGGACAGGACCUACGCACGUUCUGCUGAUCUAUGUACGAAUAUGAUUGGGACUCCCUUUCUCCUUCCUCACUGUAGGUCUUUCUGUCGCUCGGAUGUUUGUGUGUAUCUAUCGUUGGCGUGUAGCGGAUUUCAGUAGUCUUGUUUGCUCUCGCUAUCGUUAUUGUUCUAUGUACUGAUAGUUUGUUCAUUCUUUUAGGCGCAUUUCUAUACAAUGUGAUGGCUUUCUCACCGGUA